UAUAAGCACCAUCUCCCAUUAGGCUAGGCAUGGCCGAGCACACAUUCAAAGAGACACAGAAGAUCAUCCAUGCCUACUGAUUUAAUUUGUGUGGCUGAUUAAUAUUGAUAAGUUAAGCAGAUAAUAGAUAAACAGGAGAAGGAAGAUGCUCUAAGAGAGAAAGAGGAGAGAGAUGUCAUCCACAACUGGCAAGGAAGAUGCUGUUCUUGAGUACCCUCCAAAAGAGCUUGAUGCUGGAGCUUUGUUUGUACUCAAAUCCAGAGGGUCAUGGCUGCACUGUGGAUACCAUUUGACGACAUCUAUCGUGGCUCCGUCCCUUCUGAGUCUUCCCUUUGCAUUGAAGUUGCAAGGUUGGGUUGGGGGAGUUCUUUCCCUCAUCCUUGCAGGUUUGCUGACCUUCUAUUCAUAUAAUCUUCUAUCUCUGGUUUUGGAGCACCAUGCACAACUCGGUCGCCGCCAACUUCGAUUUCGGGACAUGGCCGGAGAUAUUUUAGGACCACGAUGGGGGAAGUAUGUUGUUGGGCCACUUCAAUUUGGGAUGUGCUAUGGCGCAGUUAUUGCUGGUGUUCUUCUUGGAGGGCAGAGCCUUAAGUUCAUCUACUUGCUGUCAAAUCCAAAUGGGACAAUGAAGCUUUACCAGUUUACCACCAUCUUCGGAGUCCUAAUGCUGUUCUUGGCCCAAAUUCCAUCCUUCCACUCCCUCAGGCAUAUCAAUCUUGUCUCUCUUUUCCUCGCUCUUGCUUACAGCGCUUGCGUUACCGCCGGUUCAAUAUACAUCGGACUUUCCAAGAACGCUCCCAACAGGGACUAUUCUGUAAAUGGCUCCGAAGUGAAUCGUGUUUUUGGUGCUGUUAAUGCUGUUUCAAUCAUUGUUACCACAUAUGCCUGUGGAAUUAUUCCUGAAAUACAGGCAACUAUAGCUCCUCCGGUCAAAGGAAAGAUGUUCAAAGGUUUAUGCGUCUGCUAUGCUGUUAUAUUCACAACUUUUUUCAGCGUUGCAAUCUCCGGGUAUUGGGCAUUUGGCAAUGACGCUAUGGGGACAGUUCUUGCAAAUUUUAUGGGUAAUCAAAAGCCUUUGCUGCCAACUUGGUUUCUCUUGAUGACCAAUGUUUUCACUGUCAUCCAAAUAUCGGCUGUCACAGUGGUAUACUUGCAACCAACAAAUGAAGUGUUCGAAAAGUUAUUUGCAGACCCCAACGUGGAUCAGUUUUCCAUUCGUAACGUUGUGCCAAGGUUGUUUUCCCGGUCGAUAUCAGUGAUCGUAGGUACAUUUUUUGCGGCGAUGCUACCUUUCUUUGGAGAUAUCAUGGCAAUUUUAGGGGCAUUUGGAUUCAUUCCUCUGGAUCUAAUUUUCCCAAUGGUUUUCUACAAUGUGACCUUCAAGCCCUCAAAGCGUGGCCUUGUUUUUUGGGCCAACACAUCGAUAGCUGUAGCAGCCUCAGGGUUAUCCGCGGUGGGUGCAGUAGCAUCGAUUCGACAAACCGUUCUUGAUGCCAAAGCAUAUCGUUUGUUUGCCGACAUAUAAAAAUAUAUCAUAUGUAGCAGAUCUCUAGUACAAGAACCAGGAAUAAAUACAACAUUUCAACAAUUGAACAUGAUUGGAGAAUAACGGGAGGAGAAAUUCUUUUAGUACGAGCAUUCACAUUUGGCUCAACAAAUAUUUGUUUAAAAUUAUGUAAAGAUCACCUUUUUAUUUAUUUAUUUUGUCUAUUCACUUUUUUCAAA